AUGGGUGUCAUCUGGGUCGACAACAAACCGUGUGAACCACUCAGCUUCAACCUAGGGGCCCAAAUGUCCCAGUUUGCUGAAGUGGCAGGCAUUCUGAUUGUCUUGCAACUUGCUGUGGAACACAAAAUCCACGCCUUGACGAUCUGUACAGACUCCAACUAUGCGCGACUCAGCUUCUCAUGCCAUCUGCCUUCGUGGAAACGCAACGGCUUCUUGACCUUGAACAGAAAGCCAGUCAAACACAAAGAACUGUUCCUGGCGUGCGACUUCUUGACCACUAAACAUGAUCUCCAGGUCUACUGGAAGAAAGUCAGGGGGCACUCUCGUAUUCCUGGUCCAGACAAGAUGUUUAAUGACCAGGCUGACUCCUUGGCCAAGCAGGGAGCCUUAACUGGCUCAAACUGGCACUUUGAGCCCUCUGUUUUUCCCCUCCCACCCGUACCCCUGGUUUGUGCUGUCACCAGAGCCCAGUCUCGAGCUCCGCCUCGUCCGGCUCCUUCGGGCCCGGUCUCCGCCACUGUGGCUCCGGCCUUUUCUGACUCUGACUUGCUGGCGCUCCAGUCUUCGGACCCAGCCAUUGCUGCCAUGACGCAAUUCCUUUCGGGGCCUCCUAACUCCUCCAUGUCUCCUGACAUACUUAACUCCAUCCCUGACCUGCGCCAUCUUUUCUGUGUGCGCUGUUCGCUGCGGCUCGUCAAGGGCUUUCUGGUUUAUGUCUCCGAUGCACUCACAUCGCCUGCCUUGGUGGUGCCUCGCAGCCACAGGGGGGUGAUGUUGACAUAUGCCCAUGACACACCGUGCGCAGGACACAGAGGAAACAAAGCCAUGCUCCAUGCACUCCAACAGGUGGCCUAUUGGCCACACAUGCAGAAAGAUGUAGCUGACUACAUAAAAGGGUGCCUGGUUUGCUGCCAAUUUCAACCGGCAAAUCCACUUCACUGA